GACUACAUGCAAAGCACGCGAGCCGUUCGCACGUAUACAGAGAGCCGUGGCGGCGCAGCUUUCUCACUUCUCGACGCUGCUGCUGCCUCAGUGUCUUUUCAGCUACAAUCGCUUGGCUCGCACGCGCAUAUAUGCACUUUCGUGUGUGCUCUAGUCUGUGCCACAGCUGCUGCCACUGCUAGGCCAUUCGAUCGACGAUAGUUGUCGCUCGUCGCCCUGUCCAAGCUCGUCUCGUCGCUUGGCACUUGAUAGUUUUCCCACGCAGUAGCAUUAAAGCAGUCGAAGCAGUGCAAGUUUGACAAAAUGUCGAAGAAAACCGACACCAGCUUCAUUGUUUACAAGAUUUUGACGCCGGAGCACGUGAAGGAGGCGACGCAUCUGCAGAUCGAGUCGUCGUUCCAGGAAUGCCUGACCAUCGGCUUCGGCAUCGCCGACAUACCCGGUGGCACCGACGCCGAGGGCUUCGAGGCGCUUUUGCGCAGCAUCGUCUUGGACGGCUUCAGCAUCGGAGCUUUCGACAGCAAGAGCGGCCAGCUGGUCGGCGUGUGCUUCAACAAGAUGCAUAACAAAGUCGAGAGGGACAAUCCAGCACCACUGGAAGAAAGCGUCGAGGAAAACAUGAAGCAUCCGGCGACUCUCGAUCUCAUGAGUUUUAUUUUCAAGAUCGAGGGGAGUGUAGACCUUUACGAGCUGUACAACGUGUCGCAGGCGCUGGAGAUAUUCUAUAUCGGCGUGGACUCGCGCUAUCGGCGCUACGGCAUCGCGCGGAAUCUGAUUCGCGCGAGCCUCGAGCAGGCGCGCAAAAUAGCCCGCGAGCUGCGCGUCACCGAGCCGGACAUCGCCUACGCCGUGUUCACCUCCAACUACAGCCAGGCCUUGGCCGAGAAAUUCGAGUUCGAGUGGCUGUCGGGCAUACGCUACGACCAGUACAAGUGCUACGACGGCAAGCUCAUGAGCGAUCGCAUCGGCCCGGUCCAUCAGACCGCCCGCCUGGGCGCUCGUCGCCUCUGAUCACGACGAUUAUGAGCAUACGCAGCUACACACACACACGGACACACCUAAUUUUGUUUUGUAUAUAUAAUCCAUAGUUUAGCAUUUAAAUUUUCAUAUAUUCACACAGAGAGGCAGCGAGAGUCGAGUCUGGUAUUUUGUGUAUUCGCAAAUACGGACGCGCGCGAGUAUGACUGAAAAUAAUGGAAAAUCUCUGUAUAAUUUAUAAUAUGCGCAUGUGAGCGAGUACAUACGUGUACGAAAGUGCCGCACAAGCUCGUCCGCGGACAUAAUAGAAACUGUUUAUAAUCGAGAUUAAUAAUUUUCAUUCGAGUGAGCGUGCUUUGUCUAAUUUUAUAUAAUUUCCUUUGCGUAGUCCAAGCGUAUAAUCUUCUCUUUUAACACUUACGGAUAUACUGCAUGCAUCUGCGUUUGUUCAUACUUCUUCUUUUAUUUUUGCGCUGUAAAAUUACGUUUUUAUUCUUCAAAGGAAAAAAGUACGACGCCAGCUAAAAGCAAUCAAGUACUCUAAAUCCCUUUUUACAACUAAAACGCGCGCGGGCGUGUGCCUUUUUUUGCGCAUAGUGUCUUGCGACUACGUUGCGAGCUAAAAUUAUACUCACUAUUCACGUAAGCAUUAAAUUUUUACUGUUUCACUCGUUACGCAAUGUACAAAAAAAAAAGGAAAAAUUUAAACUACGCUUAUUUAAAUAUUUUAGUUUGAAACGCCUCUUACUCGAGAGCUCGCGUAUGCUAAUGACCUGCGACUACAAAAUUGACUUUUCAGCGUAAAUAUCUCGAAUCUACGGCGUACUUCACAGUUGUAGUUCUGGUAAAUGAUAGUCAAGCAAAAUCUAAGAUCUAAUUGAAUGUUCAAAGAACAUGAUGUAUUGUCCUCGUUAUGUGCGUGUAACCGAGCGUGUAAGAACGACAAGAAAAAAAAAAUCUCCGAAACAAUAGUUUUUGUUCAAUUGUGCAAAAACAAAACACGAAUUCAUCGCACAAGCGAUCAGCUAUGUACAAAAAGUAUUUAAAAAAUUAGAAUAAUAAUUACGAGAAUGUAUGUGUCAUCUUAUUGUUUGUUCAUGUAUAUAUAACGAUAUACACACACAUUGUUGCUAAGAAAACGUUAUGUAUAACAUAAUAUAAUAAUAUGUGUUAUAUCCCUGUAUUUUUUGCUAUGUUUCGAAUGCUUAAUAAAUCGCCCUUGAUAAUUGUA